AUGUCAGCCAACUACGCCAUCUACACCUCCCCCAGCCACCAGCCGAUCCCAGACCAUCUGCCGACACUCAUCGUCACCCCGCAGGGCAAGCCCCAGCAGGUGCUGUAUACCUACCUCCACACCAACUGCAACCAGGAGAACUACCUGCUCACGCCCUCCGACCAGGGCGACCUCUGCGUAGCCAAGCUAUUCCCGCCCAAGCACACCAGGAAAACCCAGUCAUCCACCGGCCACCCCCAGUCCACCGCCGACCGCUCGGCUAUCAAGUGCGAGGCCUCCCGCAACCUCAAGUGGACCAUCCGCAACGAAGGCAUCCAGAACCCCGUCUACAAGCUUACCCUGCCCAACCCGGAGAACCCCCAGAUCGAACAGCCCCUGUUCCAAGUCAGCAAACCGAACCCCAACUGUCCUUGGUGGACCCUAUUCUACUUCACAUAUGCGGGCCAUCUCAUCCCGCCCAAACGCAUCGAGUUUGGCAAAAUCCUCAAGGCCCAGCCGAAUGGCUCCAAGUCCUCCGGUGAAACCAAGAUCACGGUGACCGGGAAGACCGAAGAAGAGAAGGCGGUCUGGCGCACGCUGGGCGAGGGCAACGAAGACAUGGUCGAAUGGAUCCUUGUGUGCGCAGCGUUGAACGUGUUGGACGAGGAGAUCUCGAAAGCGGCCGAAGCUGCCGGCGUCCAGCUCUCCGCCCGCCCCUCGGCCACCCGUGCACCCCCACAGACCCAGCAGGCCCCGCACCCGGCUCCACAGAAGCCGCACGCCCACCAGCCGCAGCCGCAAGGCCACCAUCCGGCAGCCGGCCGGGCGCAAGACCGCCAGCUGCAUCCGACCGGAAACGCCCACCGCCCGCCCGUCGCCGCGCCCAUCCGCCCGGCCGUCUACAACAACAACAACACCACCACCAACCCCAAGCCUCCCGGGCCCUCCCCGCCCUCUUCCCAUCCUCGGCCCGCGGGCCCUCUCCAGCCCCGGCCCGGCUCCGGCGGCUCCCCCAUCCCCUCUUCCCAGAGAGCCCCCGCGUACCAUCCCCAACAACAACAACAGGUCCGUGGGCCGCCGGCUUCUAAUGGCCUCCCUCCCGGCGCCAUGCAUGCCCCCGUCGCCCAGCGCGGCCCCGUCCCGGCCCCCACCCACCCCCACCAUCAUCCUAAACCUGACCAUUAUAACAACGACCUCCCCUCCUCCGACCUCGCCUACGCCCGCGCCGCUCCCGCCCGCCACCCCCUCCCUCCUCCUCACUCCCAUCCCCACCACCACCCACAACAACAACAGCUGCCCCCGCGCGCCCAUCCCAGCCCCCAACACUAUCCCCAGCACCAACAACACCAUCCCUCGCCCCCCCGAUCAAACCCCCUCGGCCCCCGCCAACGCCACCCGUCCACUCCGCCCACCCAUCCGCCCCCGACCCACGCCUCCAGAGCUCCCAUCCAGGUCCCCAACUACCCCAUCCAAACCCACGCCCACAAACAGGCCCGAUAA